GAAGGGACCACCCCUGACAUCACCCUCAAGGAGAGGAGAGCUGUGUGAGGUCUGGGCUGUAGUGGCCUCUUUAACUAUGACCUUCUCAGCAUGGCGGUCAGAUCAUGUUUCCAGCCUCAGGACCCACACAGAGAAUCAUUCCGUUGGGAAACUGCUGCUCAAGCAGAAAGGUUCUGGGCGGCUGACGUGGCAUCCCAGUUCAGAGAGCCGGCCGGCCAGCUCUAACAGCAGGCUGUCAUGAUGGGAUAGAGCAGCAGCAGCCGCAGCAGCGGGAACUCCUGAUCUAGGGGCAAGAGAUAUGAUGACAAGGAGACACAGAACGACUUGCCACAUUCACCAGCCAGUGCAUCAUGAAGCGGGGAGCUGAGAUUCACUCCCAGACAGGCUUAUUCUGGGGCCUCCGGAAUAAGGUGUCCUGCUCCUCUGGGGAAUUUGUGUCCUAUUAGCCUCACUGGCUCGGAGAACACUCUGAGGUGACAGCGCUUUAUGUAGUGGCUGUGUGAGUCACCACCACCCGUUGGCCCUUGAGGAAAAAGAAAUAACUAUACAACUGACUAAAAAUACGAGGGAAAUUCUAAGGGUCAAGGAUGGAGUUUUGGGCUCCCCAGUGGCCACCGCAGCCACGGGGGAGGCCCACAGCUCCAGCAAAGGAUCCAGACCGAGGGCUUCAGAGAGAGGGAAUUCAUCAGGCUGUUCCUCACUCUUGGCACAAUGGAGAGAGGUACCAUCAGCGACAAGACACGCACGGGAGCCCCGUAUCCCAGCAGGACCCCAGGACAGACCACCAGCAGCCUCGUUAUGCAUCCAGGCCUGGGGAAAGGCCUCGGCCUGUGUCCGGGGCUGACUAUUAUGAUGGUGGUUAUCCCGGCCAGUUGUAUUCAAGGCCAGGCAUCGAGGAUCCGUAUCGGACCUAUCAUUCUCCAGCCCUAAGGGAAGAAUAUGCUUAUGGAAAUUAUUACUAUCAUGGACACCCGCAGCAGCUGCUGGAAGAAAGAGUGCCAAGGCAAGAGAGUCCUUAUAUCUGGCAGGAAGACCACCGAGAUCAGAAGUACCUGACUGAGCAGCAUCACGACAGCCGGAAUAGUCUAUCCAAGGGUCAGAACACUUAUAAAGACAGCGCUGCUUCUAACACUGGACAGGAGUGGCCUGGGGACCUAGUUCCGGAGAGUCUGCUACCUGGAACACAGAAGAAUAAGCCACCCCUGGCCAAUGAGUCCAACCUUCUGCAGCAGUAUGAGUCCGGGCUCAGCUCCAGCACCUACGAGCUCAGCCAGUACAUGGGUGAUGCCCCAGAGCUGUACGAGCCCAGAGCGCCGGCACCUUGGAGUCCAGAUCAGGCCGAGGCUGUCUCGGCGCCUGGUCCCAAGGAUCCCAUGAAGUUCUACAUCCCCCAUGUGCCUGUGAGUUUUGGGCCAGGAGGCCAGCUGGUGUGUGUGGGUCCCAGUUCUCCCAGAGAUGGACAAACGGCCCUUGUGGAACUGCACAGCAUGGAGGUAAUUCUUAAUUACUCUGAGGAACAAGAAGAGCUGAGGACUUUCUCAGGACCCCUGAUCAGGGAAGAUGUACACAAGGUGGACAUCAUGACAUUUUGCCAGCAGAAAGCAGCUCAGAGCCUAAAAUCCGAGACACAGAGGAGCAGAGACUCGGCUCUACUGUGGCAAUUGUUGGUUCUCCUUUGCCGGCAGAACGGGUCCAUGGUGGGGUCCGACAUCGCGGAGCUGCUGAUGCAAGACUGCAAGAAGCUGGAGAAGUACAAGAGGCAGCCGCCGGUGGCCAACCUCAUCAGCCUGACCGAUGAGGACUGGCCGGUGCUGAGCUCAGGGACCCCAAACCUGCUCACCGGGGAGAUUCCCCCCAGUGUGGAGACACCUGCACAGAUCGUAGAGAAAUUCACUAAACUUCUCUACUAUGGAAGGAAGAAGGAAGCCUUGGAGUGGGCCAUGAAGAACCACCUGUGGGGCCACGCUUUGUUCCUGUCCAGCAAGAUGGACCCAAGGACCUACAGCUGGGUCAUGAGCGGCUUCACCAGCACGCUGGCCGCCAACGACCCACUGCAGACCCUCUUCCAGUUCAUGUCCGGGAGGAUCCCACAAGCAGCCACGUGCUGUGCGGACAAGCAGUGGGGAGACUGGAGGCCUCACCUGGCCGUGAUUCUGUCGAAUCAGGGCGGGGACCCGGAGCUGCUUCAGCGAGCCAUUAUCACCAUGGGGGACACCCUGGCAGGGAAGGGGCUGGUGGAGGCCGCUCACUUCUGCUACCUCAUGGCUCACGUGCCCUUUGGCCACUACACCGUGAAGACUGACCAUCUGGCCUUGCUUGGCAGUAGCCACAGUCAAGAGUUUUUGAAAUUUGCAACGACCGAGGCUAUCCAGAGGACGGAAAUCUUCGAGUACUGUCAGAUGCUGGGCCGCCCCAAAUCCUUCAUCCCUUCUUUCCAGGUGUAUAAGCUCCUUUAUGCUUCCCGGCUGGCAGAUUACGGCCUUGCGUCCCAGGCCUUGCAUUACUGCGAAGCCAUCGGCACAGCCCUCCUUAGCCAGGAAGACAGCAAUCACCCUGUGCUAUUAGGGGAACUCAUCAAGCUAGCAGAGAGACUGAAGCUGUCCGAUCCCUUGGUUGUAGAGAGACGCCGUGGAGACAGGGACCCGGAGCCAGCCUGGCUGGUGCCCCUUCGCAGGCGGCGUGAGGAGCUGCUGCACAAGGUAGCAGCAGACAGUGGGGAUCUCCAUUCUGCUCACUCAGAUGCCUCAGGAGCCAGAGGAACACCAGAAAGCACUUUCUACCAUGAUCUCUCGGGACGUCAGAGCAACUCAGGAACCCUUGGUGCUCGCCCAGCCUUGUGGCCAAGCCUGGAGCAGAUGGGCCCGGGCCAGCCCAGCCCUCAGCAGCCGGCCUUUCCCCACCAGCUCAGCUCCCACCCAGCAGGAGGAAGUGUGGGGCAGAUGGGGGGCCCAGUGCCUCUUUACUCAGUUCCUGGGACUGGUGGCAGCCUGGCACUGACAGGGACUCCUGGAGGAGGAGCCUGGGAGGAAACCCAGCAGAUCCACCCCCCCCUUGGAGAGAGCACGGUGUCUCAAGGAAGUUUCCAGCAUCCCGACGGUCAAAAGGUUGUUUCUGAGCCUCAGGUGCCAGCGAUUCCCAGAUCACGAAAUAAUUCCGUGAGUUCCACUGUUUCAGUCAAGGAGGAUGAGGAGGAGUCCUCGGAUGAGGCAGAUGAUAAACCUUCCCAAAGUCCGGCACAGAAAGAAAAGCCAGGAGACACGAAAGAGAACACGAAGAGCUCCGGGUUUGGCUGGUUCAGCUGGUUUCGCUCGAAGCCCACGAACAGCGCAUCCCUCUCUGGGGAAGACUCAUCAGACAGUCCCGACUCUGAGGAGACCUCCAGAGCAUCUUCUCCGCCUGAGGCUGGCCCUGGCUUCACACUGACCUCUCUCCCAGAGCCCCCGUCUCUGCCGGGCACCUUAUCAGGAGCCACAGGUGAGGGCGAAGUCCAAGGAUCGGUGUCCAGUGGGGGAACCGCCGAGGGUACUGGGACUGGAGGCCUGUCUGGGCCUGAGGCUAUUCCCUCUGAGCUUUACUUCAACCCUGGUGUUCUGCUUCCCCCAACCCCCUUGAGAGGGAGUGUUCCUCUCUACAACCCAUCUCAGGUCCCUCAGCUCUCUACGACUACUAGUCUGAACCGACCGAAUCCUGGCUCAGCGCCGCUAUCCAACCCAGCCAUGUUGAGAAUGGCCACCUGUCCCAGGCUGGUCUCCUUCCUCGAUUUCCAGCCCCUCUACCCUACUGGGGCCCCCAAGAGGCUCAUCCUGGCCUAUUGCCUCCACUGGGACAGGCCGUUCCAGAACACAGCUCAGUCCAGUCUCUUCACAUUAGCUUUGGAGUGAUGGCCAAGUACCACGUUGGAUGGAGAAGCUGGGUAGAGCAGCAGCCCGGAGGGGGCAGAGGGCCAGGGCGGAAGCACUCGGAUGGUGGCUUCAGAUCUUCAGAAGCACCCCUUGGCUGGAAUCAAGACGAACCCACCGGGCUCUGCGGCAGGAAAUUAUUUGGGGGAGAUGCCCAGAGCGAUAUUCGUGACUAACAUUGACGCAUUCCUCAGUCUUAGUUAUAGACCAAUUCACGGCUCUAGUUAGCAA